AGCUUUUAUAAAGCAGCUCACUCAAGCAAUCGAUGCUGAAUUCUGAGGCGAGCGUGCGCACAUUCGGAAAGAAAAUCUGAAUGCUUACACAAUAACCAAAUCUUUUUUUGUUUUUUGCAAAUCAGAGUAUGCACAUGGGAAAAUCACUGUCAGAGCAGACUGCAUCUAAACCGUAUCAGGGUGUCCGAGUUAAAGACCCCGUCAAAGAACUCCUGCGCAGGAAGAGAGGAACUACAGCCAGAACUGUGCCCCCAACAGCGGUUGUGGUUCCCAAUAACUCCCUGCCAUCAUACGCACAUGCUGGGUCUUCUUGUUUCCCGGGGACAAACCAGAGUAUCCUGAACGAGUCGACGGUAGAUAUCGGAGCUCUGUCCUCGGGCUGGGUCAGUCAGUCCAGCAGCUCUGCAGCUUUCCAGCCUCUGGGUCACUGGGCUCCUCCUGAGUACCUCCACCAUGAUCCCACCGCCACCAUCCCCACACUCCCCUCCCUCACCACAGACAUGUACGUCCAGCCUGUGUGUCCCAGCUACACCGUGGUGGGCCCGUCCUCCAUGCUCACGCUAACUCACACUCCUCUGUUCACCAACCUCGGGACCAUAAGCCCCUCCAGCUCAGCUCUGCCUCAGGUGGAGGUUCCUGACAGCUCACUGGCUUAUAUUCCCUGGGCCCAGCCCCUGUCCACGCUCACCGGCCCGGUAAUGCAGCGCCCUCCCUGCCCUCAAACUGUUAACGCCCCCCAGCUUCUCCCCCUGCCCGUACCCCUGCCCCCUGUACCCGCACCCAUACCCCAAUCAGAGCCCCAGCAGGUGGAGCCAACCUCAGCCUCAGAGGGUACUCUAGCUUUGGAGAAACUUCUGGAAGACGAGGAGGAGGAUAAAGAAUCGUACGCUUGCAGUCCUUCCCUGUUCACACAAGACAUUUAGGAAGCUCUUGACGCAUUUUAACAGUUUUAAGAGUUUUAAUUUUCUAUAUCUUUGCAAUAAAUUCAAGGUGU